AUGGCGCUGAUGCCCCGGGGGGUGUGCUCAGUAGGGCUCGUCCGGCCGGAGCUCUGGCUGCUGCUGUGGGCAGCCGCGUGGCGCCUGGGUGCCACAGCAUGCCCUGCCCUCUGCACCUGCACCGGUACCACGGUGGAUUGUCACGGCACGGGGCUGCAGGCCAUCCCCAAGAACAUCCCACGGAACACCGAGCGCCUGGAGCUCAAUGGCAACAACAUCACUCGGAUCCAUAAGAAUGACUUUGCGGGGCUCAAGCAGCUGCGGGUGCUGCAGCUGAUGGAGAACCAGAUUGGAGUGGUCGAACGGGGGGCUUUUGAUGACAUGAAGGAGCUGGAGAGGCUACGACUGAACCGGAACCAGCUGCACACGCUCCCAGAACUGCUGUUCCAGAACAACCAGGCUCUGUCGAGGCUGGACCUGAGUGAGAACGCCAUCCAGGCUAUCCCCAGGAAGGCUUUUCGUGGAGCUACAGACCUCAAAAACCUACAGCUGGACAAGAACCAGAUCAGCUGCAUCGAGGAGGGGGCCUUCCGGGCUCUUCGGGGGCUGGAGGUGCUGACGCUGAACAACAACAACAUCACCACCAUCCCCGUAUCCAGCUUCAACCACAUGCCCAAGCUACGCACCUUCCGCCUGCACUCCAACCACCUGUUCUGCGACUGCCACCUGGCCUGGCUCUCACAGUGGCUGAGGCAGCGGCCAACCAUCGGGCUCUUCACCCAGUGCUCGGGCCCCACCGGUCUGCGCGGCCUCAACGUGGCCGAGGUCCAGAAGAGCGAGUUCAGCUGCUCAGGCCAGGGGGAGGCAGGGCACGUGCCCUCUUGCACCCUCUCCUCCGGCUCCUGCCCGGCCAUGUGCACCUGCAGCAAUGGCAUUGUGGACUGUCGUGGCAAAGGCCUCACCGCCAUCCCUGCUAACCUGCCCGAGACCAUGACAGAGAUCCGCCUGGAGCUCAACGGAAUCAAGUCCAUUCCCCCAGGAGCCUUCUCUCCAUACAGAAAACUGCGGCGCAUAGACUUGAGCAACAACCAGAUCGCAGAGAUCGCUCCUGACGCCUUCCAGGGCCUCCGCUCCCUGAACUCGCUGGUCCUCUAUGGGAACAAGAUCACAGACCUCCCACGGGGUGUGUUCGGGGGCCUGUACACCCUACAGCUCCUGCUCUUGAACGCCAACAAGAUCAACUGCAUCCGGCCUGAUGCCUUCCAGGACCUGCAGAACCUCUCGCUUCUCUCCCUGUACGACAACAAGAUCCAGAGUCUCGCCAAGGGGACCUUCACCUCCCUGCGGGCCAUCCAGACCCUGCAUCUGGCCCAGAACCCUUUCAUCUGCGACUGUAACCUCAAGUGGCUGGCGGACUUCCUGCGCACCAACCCCAUUGAGACGAGCGGAGCCCGCUGCGCCAGUCCCGGGCGCCUCGCCAACAAGCGCAUCGGGCAGAUCAAGAGCAAGAAGUUCCGGUGCUCAGCCAAAGAGCAGUACUUCAUUCCAGGCACGGAGGAUUACCAGCUGAACAGCGAGUGCAACAGCGACGUGGUCUGUCCCCACAAGUGCCGCUGCGAGGCCAGCAUGGUGGAGUGCUCCAGCCUGAAGCUCACCAAGAUCCCCGAGCGCAUCCCCCAGUCCACGGCCGACCUACGAUUAAACAACAAUGAGAUUUCCAUCCUGGAGGCCACUGGCAUGUUUAAAAAACUCACCCAUCUGAAGAAAAUCAACCUGAGCAACAACAAGGUGUCAGAAAUCGAGGACGGGGCCUUCGAGGGCGCUGCCUCGGUGAGCGAGCUGCACCUGACGGCCAACCAGCUGGAGUCCAUCCGCAGCGGCAUGUUCCGUGGCCUGGACGGCUUGCGGACGCUGAUGCUGAGGAACAAUCGUAUCAGCUGUAUCCACAACGACAGCUUCACGGGCCUGCGCAAUGUCCGCCUCCUCUCGCUGUACGACAACCAGAUCGCCACCAUCUCCCCAGGAGCCUUCGACACCUUGCAGGCCCUGUCCACGCUAAACCUUCUGGCCAAUCCUUUCAACUGCAACUGCCAGCUGGCCUGGCUGGGCGACUGGCUGCGGAAGAGGAAGAUCGUGACGGGGAACCCGCGGUGCCAGAACCCCGACUUCCUGCGGCAGAUCCCCCUGCAGGACGUGGCCUUCCCUGACUUCCGGUGUGAGGAAGGCCAGGAGGAGGGGGGCUGCCUGCCCCGCCCCCAGUGCCCCCAGGAGUGUGCCUGCCUGGACACGGUGGUCCGAUGCAGCAACAAACACCUGCAGGCCCUGCCCAAGGGCCUCCCCAAGAACGUCACAGAACUCUACUUGGACGGGAAUCAGUUCACGCUGGUUCCAGGGCAGCUGUCCACCUACAAGUUCCUGCAGCUUGUGGACCUAAGUAACAACAAGAUCAGUUCCUUAAGCAACUCCUCCUUCACCAACAUGAGCCAGCUGACCACUCUGAUCCUCAGCUACAACUCCCUCCAGUGCAUCCCUCCACUGGCCUUCCAGGGGCUGCGCUCCCUGCGCCUGCUGUCCCUGCACGGCAAUGACAUCUCCACCCUCCCGGAGGGCAUCUUCACAGACGUGACCUCCCUGUCUCACCUGGCCAUUGGUGCCAACCCCCUGUACUGUGACUGCCACCUCCGCUGGCUCUCCAGCUGGGUGAAGACAGGCUACAAGGAACCGGGCAUUGCCCGUUGCGCUGGACCCCCAGACAUGGAGGGCAAGCUGCUCCUCACCACGCCUGCCAAGAAGUUUGAAUGCCAAGGCCCCCCCACUCUGGCUGUCCAGGCCAAGUGCAAUCCCUGCUUGUCUAGCCCGUGCCGGAAUCAAGGCAGCUGCCAUAACGACCCCCUCGACGUGUACAGGUGUACCUGUCCCAGCGGCUACAAGGGCCGGGACUGCGAGGUGUCCCUGGACAGCUGUGCCAGUGGCCCCUGUGAGAACGGCGGGACCUGCCACACACAGGAGGGCGAGGAUGCCGGCUUCACGUGCUCGUGCCCGGCUGGCUUUGAAGGACCGACCUGCGGGGUGAACGCCGACGACUGUGUGGAGCACACAUGUGCCAAUGGGGGCACCUGUGUGGACGGCGUGGGCAACUACACCUGCCGGUGCCCCCGGCAGUAUGUGGGAAGGGCCUGUGAGCAGCUAGUGGACUUCUGCUCCCCAGAUUUGAACCCGUGUCAGCAUGAGGCCCAGUGUGUGGGCACCCCGGAUGGGCCCAGGUGUGAGUGUGCACCAGGCUAUGCAGGUGACAACUGCAGUGAGAACCUGGAUGACUGCAGAGGCCACCGCUGCCAGAACGGGGCCCAGUGCGUCGACGAGGUGAAUGGCUACUCCUGCCGCUGUGCUGGGGGCUACAGUGGGAAACUCUGCGAGACCCCUCCCCGCCCACCUGCCCCCAAGAACCCCUGUGAGGGGACGGAGUGCCAGAACGGGGCCAACUGUGUGGACCAGGGCAACCGGGCCGUGUGCCAGUGCCUCCCGGGCUUUGGUGGCCCCGAGUGUGAGAAGUUGCUCAGCGUCAACUUCGUGGAUCGGGACACCUACCUGCAGUUCACUGACCUGCAGAACUGGCCGCGGGCCAACAUCACGCUGCAGGUCUCCACGGCAGAGGACAAUGGGAUCCUGCUGUACAACGGGGACAACGACCACAUCGCGGUGGAGCUGUAUCAGGGCCAUGUGCGUGUCAGCUACGACCCUGGGAGCUACCCCAGCUCUGCCAUCUACAGUGCUGAGACGAUCAACGAUGGGCAGUUCCACACUGUUGAGCUGGUCACCUUUGACCAGAUGGUGAAUCUCUCCAUCGAUGGCGGAAGUCCCAUGACCAUGGACAACUUCGGCAAACACUACACACUGAACAGUGAGGCCCCCCUCUAUGUGGGAGGGAUGCCGGUGGACGUGAACUCGGCCGCCUUCCGCCUGUGGCAGAUACUCAAUGGCACCAGCUUCCACGGGUGCAUCCGAAACCUGUACAUCAACAAUGAGCUGCAGGACUUCACCAAGACGCGGAUGAAGCCGGGCGUGGUGCCAGGCUGUGAGCCCUGCCGGAAGCUCUACUGCUUGCAUGGCAUCUGCCAGCCCAACGCCAGCCCGGGGCCCGUGUGCCACUGUGAGGCCGGCUGGGGGGGCCUGCACUGCGACCAGCCAGCUGAUGGCCCCUGUCAUGGCCACAAGUGUGUCCACGGGACGUGCGUGCCCCUUGACGCUCUUUCCUACAGCUGCCAGUGCCAGGAUGGGUACUCGGGGGCCCUGUGCAACCAGGCCGGGGCGCCCGCAGACCCGUGUGGGGGCCUGCAGUGCCUGCACGGCCACUGCCAGGCCCUGGCCACCAAGGGGGCACACUGUGUGUGUGACCCCGGCUUUUCGGGCGAGCUUUGUGAGCAAGGGUCUGAGUGCCGGGGGGACCCUGUCCGGGACUUUCACCAGGUCCAGAGGGGCUAUGCCAUCUGCCAGACCACGCGCCCGCUGUCGUGGGUGGAGUGCCGGGGCUCGUGCCCAGGCCAGGGCUGCUGCCAGGGCCUGCGGCUGAAGCGGAGGAAGUUCACCUUUGAGUGCAGCGAUGGGACCUCCUUUGCUGAGGAGGUGGAGAAGCCCACCAAGUGUGGCUGUGCCCUCUGUGCAUAG